AGACAAACAGAGAGAGACAGAGAGAGAGAGAGAGAGAGAGAGAGGCGGGAAGAGCGAGAGAGGGAGAAAAUGUCUUUUGCGACUUCUAGGGUUUUCAAAGCAUGCAGGGCAUUAUUGGCUCCGGCGAGAUCGUCGGCGGCGGCAGCCACUGCUUCGAAAGCGUCAUCCACGGCUUCGAAAGCUUCAUCCACUGUUACUGGGAAAAUAAAGGCGAAGCCGAAGCCGAAGUUGACAACACCGACCUCGUCUAAGCCCACCGGCAUCCUGAAGGUGACACCAGUCUCGCCAGCUCUCGGUGAUUUCCUGGGGUCCCCGGAGUCCUCCCGUACCGAAGCCGUCAAGAAGAUCUGGGCGCACAUCAAGCUUCACAAUCUCCAGAACCCAGCAAAUAAGAGGGAAAUAUUUUGUGAUCAGAAGCUGAAGAACCUAUUUGAUGGGAAAGACAAAGUUGGAUUCUUGGAGAUUGGAAAAUUGCUGUCCCGCCAUUUUGUGAAGACUGAUUAACUUCUGAUUAGGAUAUGUAUUCGGUGUUUUAGCUUUGUAGUGGCUUCCCCAACCCUCGGAAGAGCGAGCUCUUAUGAACUAAAUUUGCGUCCUUUUGCUUGUUAUGUCACUUUCAGGGCUGGGUUUAUGUAUUAUAACCAGUUUUCAGUGGGACGUAUUGUGAAAUUAAUUUGGCAAGUGGUAUACAUUGUUUUUAACUCCA